UUGCCCUUGCCCAAGGCUUACUGCUCCCUGUAGAUAUGCAGAAAGAAUCUGAGGCUACAUCUGAUCGGCUCGUCGCCACUGGACUCGUCAGUGGUAUUAGGUUCAUUCAAAAAAUGGUCACUUUAGGUAAAAAGUACCAAGAAGCAGACGCAGAAAGGGUGAGGCUGAUGAAUGACAAUACCAGACUGCUCCGAACAGUUACCAGGCUGGAGAGAGAAAGAGACAAGGCCAAAUCUGACUUCAACCAAACUAAGGAAAAACUUGAAGUUGCCGAAGAGAGCCUCAAUCAGGCGUUAUCAGAGAUUGAUACUGCCAAAAAAGCUGCAUAUGAGGAUGGGUACCAGAAAGGAUUUGACACCACAACUGCGAACUAUGUUCAACAGAUUCCCGCUCUUCAAGAUCAAAUUUGGAUUGCUUGCUGGGAAACCUGUUUAACAAAGGUUGGCGUUGCUGAGGACUCUCCAUUGUGGACUGAUAAUGAACUACCGAGCAGCCGGUCUGCAGCUUCCCAAUAGCAAGAUGUUCCUCUGGAAGAUGAUGUUGAGCAGCAGAUUGAAGAUUUUACUGGAGCAGAAGAAGACAUCCCAUCUGGUUCCCAGGCUGUCCUGUCCCC